AUGCGCUUCUCAGUGGCUCGCCUCCUGGUCAGUGCCUUGAUUGGCACUGCCGGAGUCCAGGCAGUCUUCCCCCGGCCUGAAGCGUCUGACGUCUCAUCGGCACUAUCACCGUCAUCAACAUCAACGGCUGCUUCCUCUUCAUCAUCACAAGUCUGCAACAACUCACCGGUGCUAUGUGAUCGCCAUUACAACGACAUCACUUACAUGGGUGCUCAUGAUAGCGCCUUUCUGAGAGACGCCACCACGGGUAACUCUGUCGCCGGCAAUCAGUUCAAGAACGCCACAUUUGCCCUUGAUGCCGGACUUCGAUUCCUCCAGGCCCAGGUUCACAAUGAGAACAACACUCUUCGCCUAUGCCACACCUCAUGCGGUCUUUUGGAUGCCGGUCCUCUGGAGAAUUGGCUCGCGGCCGUCAACGACUGGGUGGUUGGCCACCCCUCGGAUGUCAUUACCCUUCUGCUGGUCAACUCCGAUAACGUGGAUGUGUCCAAGUUUGCAGAUGCUUUCGAGCAAUCGGGCAUUGACAAGUUUGGCUUCACCCCCACGUCCAAGACUGAGUGGCCUAGCCUGAGUCAAAUGAUUGCCAAUGACACUCGAGUUGUGUCUUUCAUCACCAACAUCGAUGCGUCUACUACCAGCCCGCACCUCUUGCCCGAGUUCGACUACAUCUUCGAGACGCCCUUUACCGUCCUCGAGCUUGACGGUUUCAACUGCACCGUCGAUCGGCCCUCCAACGCCGGCUCAGCUUCCAACGCCUUCUCAAAGGGAUUCAUGGGUCUCAUCAACCACUUCAAAGACCAGUUAAUCGUUGGAGACGUCUUUAUCCCCGACACGAACACCAUCAGCGUCGUCAACAGCGCCGCCACCAACGCGACCGGAAAUCUAGGCCUGCACAUCCAGCAAUGCAACCAGCAGUGGAGCCACCGCCCCAGCUUCGUCCUUGUCGACUUCUGGGACCAGGGAACAACCGUCAACGCCGCAGACAACAGCAACGGAAUCAACGAUGCCACUGGCCGGUCCAGUGUUGCCAGCAACUCGAACGGCUCGUCUUCCGCAGACGGCGUGAGUUCGACGCGGGAGCUCGGAAUGGGAGCUUUGGUUGCGUUCUUUGCGGCGACACUGUUGAUGAUCUAA